GAUCUCUGAUGCUUCAUCAUUGUCAUUAAACUUGUCUCAAGUUUCAUAUUCUAACAAAGCCCUAAUAUCUCUCCUCUCACUCGUUUCUCCUUAUCAGAAGAAUGGUAGGACCAUCCACCUCUGCAAUAAACAGAAGGCUUGAAGGAAAAGUGGCAUUAAUAACUGGAGGAGCAAGCGGAAUAGGCAAACGCACGGCGGAAAUAUUCGCAGAGCACGGAGCCAAAGUAGUCAUUGCAGAUGUCCAAGACGAACUGGGCCACGCGGUUGUCCAAUCCAUAGGACCAUCCACAUGCACCUUCGUCCACUGCGACGUCACCGACGAGGACCAAAUCAAGCGCGCCGUCAACACCGCCGUCGAAGCAUACGGCAAGCUAGACAUCAUGUUCAACAACGCCGGCAUAGCAGACCCCAACAAGGCCCGAAUAAUCGACAACCACAAGGCCGAUUUCGAGCGCGUCCUCAGCGUCAACGUAACCGGAGUUUUCUUGGGGAUCAAGCAUGCCUCGCAGCCCAUGAUCAAGGCCGGAGGCGGCAGCAUAAUCUCCAUGGCUAGCGUCAGCUCGUACGUGGGCGGCGCCGCCUCCCACGCCUACUGCUGUGCUAAGCACGCGGUGGUUGGGCUGACCAAGAAUGCGGCGGUGGAGCUCGGACAGUUUGGGAUCAGAGUGAAUUGCUUGUCGCCUUACGCUCUUGCGACUCCUUUGGCUACCAAGUUCGUCGGGGUGAACGAUGAGGAGCUUGAGAAUGUGAUGAACUCGCUCGCGAAUCUUAAAGGUGUUACCCUUAAAACUGAUGACGUGGCCAAUGCUGCGCUUUAUUUUGCUAGCGAUGAUUCCAGGUAUGUCAGUGGACAGAACUUGCUAGUUGACGGUGGCUUCAGCAUUGUUAACCCCUCCUUUCACAUGUUUCAGUAUCCACAAGACACUUAGAUUUUGAAAAAUUUUGGUGCAAAUGUAAGCAUACAACACAUCACUUUUAGUUUUUAUGAAUCAGUUUUAUCGUAAAGAUGUCUAAAAGUGAUGUGUUAAAUUUGUAAUAGAGUGCAUGUUGAAGAAAUAAUACUUCAAUAAUAUGGCUCCAGCUUAA